AUGGGUAACUUAAGGUUCACUGCAGCAAAAACUUCAACUAUUUCUAAAAGGAAUUUGUUUGGUUCACCUUCCAAGAAGAAUAAAAGUCCCAUAAAGGACCUCCUACCUUCACAAGCAAAAUAUAAGCAGAAUUUGAAAGCUAAACACCUACCUAGUAAUGAAUUAGGAUCCCCAAAGAAGUCAUCCAGCCUGGAUUCCAGAUUAGCUAUCGAUGACUACAACGUUGAACUAGACUACCAGCUCUCCAAAAAGCAUGACAUCAUCACAGCUAUAGACACUAUAAUUUCCAACCAGUGGUCGGAGGCAUCAACAAUAAAUACACGUUAUUCAUCCAAAGAAGAUGUGAUUUCCAAAUCAAUGGAACACCUAGUAUUCCAACUAAAAGGGCUAGCGAUGUCUACAAAGGCAGAAAUCAUGAAGUACAGAACUACGCAUAUUCCCCAAGGGCUUGUGACAACCAACCAGCUUUACUCCAUUUUCGACAAGGAAGGUAAUACGUUUGUCGAUAGGAAUAUAGAGUUGUCUAUCAGGAAGGGCCAGAUCAGGAAAUUUGUUAUCACCAACGCUGCUCCCAUUAUCCAGACGUCAAACGAUCAGGCCCGCAAUGGCAAGAUCACAUAUGGGUACGAGAAUGUAGAGGUAUUGGUCAAAACAGGUGUUUUCUACAGUAAAAUCCAAGAAACAUUGUCUAAAUUAACAGACAGUUUCCAGAUCAAAGUCUUGCAGAAGUUUGAAAAAUUCACAAAGGAAAACCCAACAACAUUGUUUAUUAGUACUGAAGACUCUUUCUUGGAGUCUGAAUUGACUACGCUUGUGGAAUUAGGGUUUAUCACAUUGACCUCCAACCAUAAGAAUGAGAUUGAGUCUCAGCAGUAUGCAUUAUCUUUCCCUAAUUGUGGAACCUAUUUGAAACUCGUCAAUAAUGGCCGGUCAUGGUUGGUCAAGACUUUGAACAAGUGUAAAUUUCAUGAGCUUUUGGAGCUGGAAUUGUUCAACAGAUGGGAAGGUAUUGACUUAAAUGAUAACAGCAAAAUGUCCAACUUUCGUAAGCCCUUCUACGGAUUUGACUUGAAUUGGAUAUUGGCAGACGCUCUUGGAGCUGGAAUUAUAGAGGUGUUUAACACACCAGUUGGAAGAGGCUGGAAACUUACUGGCAAGAGAUAG